AUGUUUGAUCGUCUGUAUAAGCUUGUUAGAACAUCGCGUGCGCGCGGCGUUCAAUAUGUGAUACGCCUUAUGUUCCUCAUCGCGAGCAAGGGUCGGUCGUUCAAAGGGGGAUGUGUGGCAGGGCUUGGCUUGAACCUGCGACAGGUGCGAGCGAUCCGUGCCCACGCCGCCCACGCUGCCCACGCCGCCCACGCUGCCCACGCCGCCCACGCUGCCCACGCCGCCCACGCUGCCCACGCUGCCCAAGCUGCCACUACGCGGACAGAGUGUCAAGAUGACUUGGACGAACGACAUCUGAUGGGUUCUUUUCAGACGAAGAUGGAACGACUGGACUUGGACGGAGACACGAUACGCUACUCCCACCUUCCCGAUGGGCAGUAUUCAGGCCGGUUUCAAGACCCUGUGUUGAACAAAAGUAUGGUGUUGCACCGUUGCAUGCUCUGUCCGUGGAGAAUUACACGACAAUGCGCACUAGGGACGUGUCAAGAACCAGAACAGCCCCAAUGGGUACGAACUUCGAAGAUACCGGAGGAUACACAUGCCAGAUUUCUUCGGGUCAAAGCUCUCGAGUUCUCCAGCAUUAGAACAUGCAUACACCUAGUAGAGGCUUUCUUUGCAACUCGCUUUUCGGAGUUGCCAACUGCCAACCAAUGGCUUCUGAAGCCUCAGUCACAAGGUGAUAGGUCCAGCUACACGCCUCCCUUGUCCAAAGCUCAAGCUAUCGUUCCGACACAAGGAUCCUCCCGGCGCCACACUUAGGGACAAUCUUUACCUUUGCUAUUGAUCUUAAUAGCCUCAGUCUAAAGAUAGCUAGGUUGGCUACCUAGUAAAUAUGUGUGAACUCAAUACAAGUUGUACGACCUUCGGAGUUCCCAUAUCACAGUUCCCAUUCACACUCAAAAACGGCCCACUGUUGCAAUUCAUUUGAUCCGACGAUACGUGGACUCGGCCGAUCAACAAUUCGCAGUCGCACUCAUUCAGCGGCGGGGAAGUGCGGUGAAAAUAUGGGACCUUUAGAUGGAUAUCGCGCCAUUCCGGGGUGCUGGAAAGAUUAUUGACGGGCAGAAUAUCCGAAUGCCGAUUCAGUACCAGAGUUCAGGACAGCUUCAAAGAAACUUCACCC